AUGGCAUUUAUCGAUUCAUCCCAUCUCGAUGAGACGAGCAUUUAUUUUAUUUUAAAAUUCUUUUUGAAUGAAUCGGCAUCCAGGAGACAAUCCAUUUUACAGCAAUAUCGACAGCAUGCCGGAUAUACGACCCAGGAGGAAAUCGAUACCACUCGUUUCCGAAUUGUGUGGCCAACUUAA